AUGGCAGCCUCUUCCUCGCUCCCCGUGGUCAUCUGGGCGCUGCUCCUCCUCCUCCUCGUCGAGGCGUUCGCGCCAGCAACAGCAGCAGCAGCAGCGAGCCCCUCCAAGCGCCCCGCCCAUCAGCCUCCUCUUUUCCCCGUGGGACUCGCUCCCCUGCAUCCGAAGCAGUCGAGCGGCAGGUACGCCGCCGCCGCCGUCACGGCCUCAGCCUCCGCGGCGACGGACAACGGCACGGUGAAACCGUUCACGGCGCACUACUUCCUGCAGGAGCUGGACCACUUCACCUUCACGCCCAACUCCUCCCACCUCUUCUCCCAGAAGUACCUCCUCAACGACACCUUCUGGCGGCGGAAGCCCAACGCCGGGCCGCUGUUCGUGUACACCGGCAACGAGGGCGAAAUCGAGUGGUUCACCACCAACACCGGCUUCAUGUUCGACAUCGCGCCCGACUUCGGUGCCCUCCUCGUCUUCAUUGAGCAUCGGUUCUACGGGGAGUCGAUGCCGUUCGGGAACGACUCCGACUCGUACAGGUCGGCAGAGACGCUGGGCUACCUCACGUCCAUGCAGGCGCUCGCCGACUUCGCCAUCCUCAUCACCAGCCUCAAGCAGAACCUCUCCGUCAUCGACGCACCCGUGAUCGUCUUCGGCGGCUCCUACGGCGGCAUGCUGGCAUCAUGGUUCAGGCUCAAGUAUCCCCAUGUCGCCAUGGGAGCAGUGGCAUCCUCUGCACCGAUCCUGCAGUUCGACGACAUCACCCCGUGGUCUAGCUUCUAUGACGCCAUCUCGCAGGACUUCAAGUCUGAGAGCCUGAAUUGCUUCAGUGUCAUCAAGGCAGUCUGGGAUGUGCUGGAUGAUCGGGGAUCCAACCACACAGGCCUCUUGGAGCUCAGCAAAACCUUCAGGGCUUGCAAGACCGUGCAGUCCGCUGAUUCGCUGAGUAACUGGCUAUGGAAUGCAUUCACCUACACCGCCAUGGUGGACUAUCCAACCCCAGCCAAUUUCAUGAUGAAUCUGCCUGCUUACCCUGUGAAGGAGAUGUGUAAGAUCAUUGAUUCUUUUCCUGCGGGAGCAGACAUCAUCGACAAAGCUUUCGCCGCGGCGAGCCUGUACUACAAUUACUCAGGGGACCAGAAAUGCUUUGAGAUGGAGGGUGGCGAUGACCCUCAUGGCCUCGAUGGCUGGGGUUGGCAGGCCUGCACGGAGAUGGUCAUGCCGAUGAUUGUGUCCAAUAUGAGCAUGUUCCCACCGUUCAGCUUCAGUUACGAGAACAAUUCCGAGGGCUGCCUCACGUACUACGGAGUUCGUCCGAGGAUGCACUGGAUCACUACUGAAUAUGGUGGCCAUAAAAUUGACAAGGUUCUCAAGAGGUUUGGGAGCAACAUCAUCUUCUCCAACGGAAUGCGAGACCCGUGGAGUCGAGGCGGGGUACUCAAGAACAUAUCAUCCAGCAUCAUUGCUCUUGUGACGGAGAAAGAUUUUAAUCAAGAUCAGCACAUGUUUCCACCAUUCGGCUUUAGCUACGAGGAGAGGUCCAAGGGCUGCCUUGCCAAUUAUGGAGUUCGUCCGAGGAUGCACUGGAUCACUACUGAAUAUGGUGGCCAUAAAAUUGACAAAGUUCUCAAGAGGUUUGGGAGCAACAUUAUCUUCUCCAAUGGGAUGCGAGACCCAUGGAGUCGAGGCGGGGUGCUCAAGAACAUAUCAUCCAGCAUCAUUGCUCUUGUCACAGAGAAAGGGGCCCAUCAUUUGGACUUCAGAUCUGCAACCAAGGAUGACCCAGACUGGGUUGUAGAACAAAGGAGACAGGAAAUUGAGAUCAUACAUGGAUGGAUAGAUCAGUAUAACAAGGACAUUGCACAGAUGUAG